AUGAAGAAGCAAUUCAACCGCAUGCGCCAGCUCGCCAACCAGACCGUGGGCAGGGCUGAGAAGACGGAGGUUUUGAGCGAAGAUCUCCUGCAGGUGGAGAAGCGCCUGGAGCUGGUGAAGCAGGUCUCCCACAGCACCCACAAGAAGCUGACGGCAUGUCUGCAGGGCCAGCUAAGGGGGGUCCAGGUCUCCCCUGGUGCUCUGCCGGGGUGCCGCCGCCGGGAAUUGCUGCGGUUCCUUAUCUGUGAUGCCAGAUAAUGGGGGGGUUUCACAGCGCUGGGGAAGAUGCUGCGGCUGUGCGGGGAGGCGGAGGACAAGCUGGCUCAGGAGCUCAUCCACUUCGAGCUGCAGGUGGAGAGGGACGUCAUCGAGCCCCUCUUCGUGCUGGCCGAGGUGGAAAUCCCGAAUAUCCAAAAGCAGAGGAAGCACUUGGCGAAGCUCGUGCUGGACAUGGACUCCUCCAGGACACGGUGGCAGCAGUCUGCGAAGUCCUCGGGUUUGGCCAGCAACCUGCAGCCUUCAGGUGCCAAAGCCGACGCUCUCAGGGAGGAGAUGGAGGAGGCGGCCAACAGAGUGGAGAUUUGCAGGGACCAGCUCUCGGCUGACAUGUACAAUUUUGUGGCCAAAGAAGUAGACUAUGCAAACUAUUUUCAAACCCUGAUCGAGGUGCAGGCAGAGUACCAUCGGAAAUCCUUAGCGCUUUUGCAGAAUGUCCUGCCUCAAAUUAAAGCCCAGCAGGAGGCGUGGAUGGAGAAGCCCUCCUUCGGGAAGCCCUUGGAGGAGCACCUGGCUGUCAGCGGGCGGGAGAUCGCCUUCCCGGUGGAGGCGUGCGUGACGAUGCUGCUGGAGUGCGGCAUGCAGGAGGAGGGUCUCUUCCGAGUGGCUCCCUCGGCCUCCAAGCUGAAGAAGCUCAAGGCCGCCCUGGACUGCUGCGUGGUGGACGUGCAGGAGUACUCGGCCGACCCGCACGCCAUUGCAGGAGCCCUCAAGUCCUACCUGCGAGAGCUGCCAGAGCCCCUCAUGACGUUCGAGCUGUACGAGGAGUGGAUCCAGGCCUCCAACAUCCCGGAGCAGGAGAAGCGGCUGCAGGCUCUCUGGAACGCCUGCGAGAAGCUGCCCAAAGCCAACUACAACAACAUCAGGUACCUGAUUAAAUUCCUGGCCAAGCUGACUGAGUACCAGGACACGAAUAAAAUGACGCCGAGCAACGUGGCCAUUGUGCUGGGACCCAACCUCCUCUGGCCGCAGGCAGACGGGAACGUGACGGAGAUGAUGACGACCGUCUCGCUGCAGAUUGUGGGCAUCAUCGAGCCGCUCAUCCAGCACGCCGACUGGUUCUUCCCCGGAGACAUCGAGUUCAAUGUGACCGGCAACUACGGCAGCCCCAUGCACGUCAACCACAACGCCAACUACAGCUCCAUGCCCUCCCCGGACAUGGACCACGCAGACCGCCGGCAGCAUGACCAGGCGCGGCGGCCCCUCAGCGUGGCCACGGACAACAUGAUGCUGGAGUUUUACAAGAAGGAUGGCCUUAGGAAAAUCCAAAGCAUGGGCGUCAGGGUGAUGGACACCUCGUGGGUGGCUCGCCGAGGCACCUCAGGGGUGCGCAAGGCGUCCUCCACCCCGCCGGCCGCUCAGCCCCCCGCGCCGCCCGCCGAGCUCCCCGCCGCGCCCCACUCGCCCUCGCCAAUUCCCGAGCAAUCGCCGGAUAUUUCAGCUACCCCUUCCCCACCUCCCACCAGCUUCGGCUUCCCCCCGGGAGCCGAGCGGACAAGGGAUUUUCCUGCGGGUCCCGAGGGCGGCUCGCAGCGGGUGUCGCCGGGCCGCAGCGGAAUGGGGGCUGGAGGUGCAAGGAGAAGCCUGAAGGAGCCCGAGCCCUUCCUCUGCCCUGUGUCCGACUUCAAUUUGCAGGGGCCGGGUCUGCUCCGUUUUGAGGUCCCCUCCCUCCACGUCCCCCCGGAUGCCACCCUGGGCCGGGACCCGCCGGAGGCACCGCAGAGACUCUCGGGGCCAGGCCCGGCCACCCGGCAGGAGGAGGAGGAGGAAUCGGAGAGCACAGCCCUAUGA